CGCGAUAGUACUUCCGCUUCGUAUCUAUGGUACCAGAAGUGUAUUCCCGGAAGUGACGUCAGUAAACAUAAGCCGGCUGUCUCCGUGGCAGCCGGGGUCGGAUAAGGGAAGUGGGAACGGUCGUGGACAGCUGUGAGCAGUAGCCAUGGCUAAAGACUCCCUCUCUGAAGCUGGGCUGCACUUUGAUGAACUGAACAAGCUCCGCAUACUGGAUCCAGAUGUCUCCCAGCAAACAACAGAACUGAAGGAGGAAUGCCGAGAGUUUGUAGAAAAAAUAGAUGAUUUCCAGAAAAUAGUGGGAGGUUUAAUAGAGCUUGUGGAUCAGCUGGCUAAAGAGACGGAGAAUGAAAAAAUGAAGGCCAUUGGAGCUCGUAAUCUCUUAAAAUCGAUUGCUAAGCAGCGAGAAGCACAGCAACAACAGCUGCAGGCAUUGAUAGCAGAAAAGAAGAUGCAGCUAGAAAGGUAUCGAAUAGAAUAUGAGGCACUAUGCAAAGUAGAAGCGGAGCAGAAUGAAUUCAUAGACCAGUUCAUCUUACAGAAAUAAUGUUAAAUACAUUUCAAGAAAUUCUUUUCUGGACACAUUUUAUAUUACAGUUUUCCCCAGACACUUGUGGUAUUAUGGUCUCUCCUUACUGGAACACCAUUAUUAAAAGGCUUGGAACUCGCUCAACUCUCCAUGGAUGUACAUCUCUGAAAAAUAUGAUCUAUUGUAAAAUUAAGCUAACACAAAUGCUUUUCACGACCACGUAAAGUGUCAUAGGGCAUGGCUUUUGUUUCCUACUCCAAUUUGGUUAAAAUAUUACAAUACUUGCAUUAUCAUGGGAGCAUUUACUUAUUUUAUACAAUACUUCAGGAUUACAAUCUUUCUGGGUUUAUAGUUCAGUAGUCCCCAUUCUCCCGCAUACAGACUUUUUAUUUAGAAAUCCCUGCUAAUCUCCAUAAUGAGGAGCGGUCUCCCACCUCUUUUUUU